CCUCAAUUUAUCUCUCUUCGUGUAGAACACGCUCCAAUAAGAAGUAAUCGAAUUCUGUUUCGAAAUGUAUAAAUAUUCAAAUCUUAUAAAAGCAAAUACCAGUUAUGCCAAACAUAUGCAACGUUUAAGUAAUAGAAUAUUCGGUGAAGUAACAAGGAAAACUAAUUCGAAAUCCAUGAAAGUUGUUAAAUUGUUCAGUGAGAAGCCGAUACAGAAACGACCAGAAAUUGUUGAUUAUUAUCCACGACACGCUGAAACUGAUCUAUUGAUGAAACACCUUAGAAAUUAUGGAUUAUUCAAAGAUGAACAUGCAGACUUUAAAGACGAGUAUGAUCGUAAGAGAGAACUUCGUGGUAAAGUGAAAUGGGUUCCACCACAAUUUAGAAAAUAA